UUGGAACGAUCGAUCGAGAAACCAGAGAAAAAAUGAAGCAGAUCUUCGUGAAAACUCUGUCGGAGAAGACGUUAGUUCUCGAGGUCGAGAGUAGCUACACCAUUGACGAUGUCAAGGCUAAAAUCCAAGACAAGGAAGGAAUUCCAUGUGAGGAGCAGCAGUUGAUGUUUGCUGGGAAACAACUUGAAGAUGGAAGAACCUUGGCUCACUACAACAUCGAAAAAGAAGCAACACUUCAUCUAGUGUUGAGCCUGAGAGGGGGAGGGCGCCGAACCAUUAGGCGAUUUUGGGGCGAUUGGAGAGUGGAGCCAUCACUGAAGGCUUUGGCUUACAAACACAAUCUGGACAAGAUGAUUUGCUGCAAAUGCUAUGCUCGUCUUCCCCCAAGAGCCACGAACUGCCGGAAGAAGAAAUGUGGUCAUAGCAGUCAGUUGAGACCAAGGAAGUAGUGGCAUGUCUGAGUACACUUUGGUAAACAUCGACUUGGGAGUAUACAUAAAGUAGUUGAUUUCUAAUUUUGUAUACACUUUGCUAGUUGCUAUUCUGUUUCUCUUUCUGGAGACAAAAAGGACAGUCAAUGUAAAAACAGUCACUAUUUUCAUAUAAAUUUAGAAAAAAUUGUUCCG